AAAUAUAUAUUUGGUCUGAAGCAGAUACAUUAGUGCCGCUGGAAACUUCAGCAGUGUUAGAAUCUACGGAAUUAAGAGCUCAUGGCGCGGAUGGUGAGCCCGUACUGGACGCUGCUGGCUGUCAGCGCCUGCCUCGUGCUGAUGGUCCAAGCCGGCUGCGGGAAAGACUGCGCGCUCUGUCUGCUCCGCCUGCAGGGUCUACAGCCAGGUGUCAGCACGCUGACCUGUGCGAAAGAAUGCGGGGGUCUGACCAUGACAGAGUCUCUGGACCUCUGCAAAGAAACUCUGCAGGGGAAAACGGCCGAUUCUGCAACGGAGGAAGACCGCGCGGCAGCGGACGGCGAGAGCCAGGACGGGAACGAGCAGGAGCGCGCACGGCGCUACGGGGGGUUCAUGAAACGGUACGGCGGCUUCAUGAAGAAAUCUGGCGGGGUGAACACGGAACCGGAGGACGCGGACGACGGCGGAGAGAUCCCGGGGAAGAGAUACGGCGGAUUCAUGAAGAAAGGUGCAGACCGCGGAGAGGACCGCCUCAACAUGGUGAGAGAGCUGCUUACCGCAGGUGUCAGUGAGGGAGACGGGCGGUCAGCCGAAGACGGGGAGAUUCUGAAGAGGUACGGGGGCUUCAUGAGGGCGGUCAGACGCACACCUGACCUGGAUGAUGACAUCAAAGAGCUACAGAAGCGAUACGGAGGGUUCAUGCGGCGGGUGGGCAGGCCCGACUGGGAAGAAACCCAGAAAAAGUACGGCGGUUUCCUCAAGAGGUCCCGGUGGGCGGACGAAGAAACCCUCUCGCCGCUUAUGGAGAAGAGAUACGGAGGAUUUAUGGAUUAAUUUUUCAAAUCAUAAGACGCUGUCACAAAUCAUUCCUCUUGUUCUGCUGUGUGGCGUGUAUUGUACAGUGUUUUUUUACAGUCUAGAUAAUUGUAAGUUUGUUCCGUACACGUAUUCCUUGUCUGAAAGCACACUAGAAUGUUUCUUUUCUCAAACAUACUUGCCAUCUGUGUUCAUUUUAGUUAUCACUACCAAAUCCACGUUUUUGCGUUUCGCAGAGUACCACCCUUUACUUGCCAAAGGACAGGGUCACUGGGUCUUUUUAAAGACUCACACAAACAUACAGAAACUUAGAACCUUUCACCCCAACUCAC